AUGGCUGAAGCCAACAUAACUUAUGUGACUGAAUUCAUUCUUAAGGGCAUCACAGACCGGCCAGAGCUGCAAGCCCCCUGUUUCGUGAUGUUUCUUGUUAUCUACCUGGUCACAGUGCUGGGCAACCUUGGACUGAUCACCUUAAUCAGGAUUGAUGCUCGACUGCACACACCCAUGUACUAUUUCCUCAGUCACUUAGCCUUUGUGGAUGUUUGCUACUCCUCAGCUAUCACACCAAAGAUGAUGGUGAAUUUUGUUGUGCAAGUAAACACCAUCUCUUUCCACGCCUGUGCAGCUCAACUGGGCUGUUUCCUCACCUUUAUGAUCACUGAAUGUUUCCUCUUGGCAUCUAUGGCCUAUGAUCGCUAUGUGGCCAUCUGUAGUCCUCUGCAUUAUACAACCUUGAUGUCAAAGCGAGUCUGCAUUCUACUGGUGGCCAUCCCAUAUACCUACAGUUUUCUGGUUGCUCUGUUCCACACCAUUGUCACCUUUUGUCUCACCUACUGUGGCCCCAAUGUUAUUAACCAUUUCUACUGUGACGACCUCCCUCUCAUGGCUCUGUCCUGCUCAGAUACACACAUAAAGGAAAUUCUUAUCUUUGCCUUUGCUGGUUUUGACAUGAUUUGUUCUUCCUCCAUUGUCCUCACCUCCUAUGUGUUCAUCAUUGCUGCAAUUCUAAAGAUUCGUUCCAACCAGGGACGCCGCAAGGUCUUUUCUACCUGUGGCUCUCACAUGAUGGCGGUAACCAUUUUCUAUGGCACACUGAUCUUUAUGUACCUACAGCCCAAGUCAAAUCAUUCCCUGGACACAGACAAAAUGGCGUCUGUGUUUUACACAGUGGUGAUCCCCAUGUUGAACCCCCUCAUCUACAGUCUAAGGAACAAAGAAGUGAAAGAAGCAUCAAAGAAAGCCUUGGAAAAAAGUUAUGAAACUUUCAAGAUACUAAAAUUAAGAAAAUGGUGA